AAAAGUCCAUCACCCUCUCCCACAGCUCGGCCAUUCAGCGCUUCCACGAGGAGCUCAACGAGCUCGCCGAUUCCGAUCAGCUAGUCAACAACUGGCCGGCCGUGGAGCGGGCCAUCGAGGUGACCAUGCAGGUGAAGCAGAUCGACCGGACGAUUCACGAAAAAUUCAUCGACCCCUACCGCAUUAGUCUAGUGCAGGUGUACGGCUACCGGCAGCUGCUGGCCCGUCUGGAGAAGGUGCGCAGCAUCAACUACGAGGCGGGCAAUCGGGACCACCAGACGCUGCUUCGCAAGCUGUGGACCCUCCUGCAGCCGGACGUCGAGCUGGAGGCGCUGGUGAGCAAGCAGUGGGCGGACAUUGGCUUCCAGGGCACCGAUCCCAGUACGGACUUUCGCGGCAUGGGCCUCCUCUCCCUGGAGAACCUCGUCUUCUUCGCCACCGUCUACACGGACCACGCGCGGAACAUACUCUCCCACUCGCUGCAUCCGGUUCAUGGCUUUCCCUUCGCCGCCGUGGGCAUAAACAUCACCCACCUGGCGCUCAAUCUACUCAAGGGCGACUACCUGAAGACGCACCUCUUCAACNCCACUCGCUGCAUCCGCUUUCCCUUCGCCGCCGUGGGCAUCAACAUCACCCAUCUGGCGCUCAAUCUACUCAAGGGCGACUACCUGAAGACGCACCUCUUCAACGCCGAGUCGCGCCUGUACGAGGUGGAGGACUUUCACAAGAUCUACUCCUACCUCUUUGCCUCCUUCGACAAGCUGUGGGUGCGCUCGAAACCGGCCUCGGUGAUGGAGUUCACCCACAUUCGGGACAAGUUCGAGGCGGCGGUCAUUGAGAAGCUGCGCCAGCAUGACGCCGUCUUCAAGUGGGACCCCUACCUCGAGCAGGUCUAG